AUGAGAGACGAACCAUAACACACAUAGAGAGCUUACAAUACAUACACAUAAAACGCUAUUUCUCUCUCUCUCUCUUUCUUUCUCUUGCUCUGCAUUUAUUUUCCUUCUCCGUUACCACAUUUGUAAGUUCGUUGUGCUGCUUCUGUUUUCAUUUGAUCACACAGAGCAGAAAAAGGUUUUGAAUUUCGGGGUUUCUUUUUCUCCGACGAGAAAGAAGACAUUUCUUCUUCUGUAAACUGAGUUUGUUCUUGUUUGUUCUCUUGUGGGUGUCUGUAAUAUAGUGGGGGGUUUGAGUCAGUGACUGACAUCCCAGCUCUGUUUCCAUUGUUUUGCUUGACCAAGAAGCAAAUAACAAAGGCAAAUAUUCGUGCUCUUUUCGAAAAGGAGCUUCUUUAAAUCGAUGCAGAUCUAGUGGGUUUUUUUUUUUUUUGCUGAACUGUAACACUCUUAGUUCCUAGCUUCCCAUUAUCUUAUAGACUCAUCCCCUGCCUUUGCUCUGUUUUUCAACAACGAAUAACAGAGGAAAAGGCCUUCAAUGGAUCGGUUCACGUCGACGACUAUUCUUCCCGACUCCUUUCAAGGGGCCAGAGAUGACAUUUCCAUGCAACUUGGAAUUAUUUGGGCUCAGAUCAAAGCGCCAUUGAUUGUUCCUCUGUUAAGACUCUCAGUCGUUCUGUGUUUGAUCAUGUCCUUGCUGCUAUUCAUCGAGAGGGUUUAUAUGGGCGUUGUCAUUGUUCUGGUGAAGCUGUUCGGUCGAAAGCCCCAUAAGCGUUAUAAUUGGGAGCCAAUGAAAGACGACGUUGAGCUGGGAAACUCAGCUUAUCCCAUGGUUCUGGUGCAAAUCCCAAUGUACAACGAAAGAGAGGUCUACCAGCUAUCAAUUGGAGCUGCAUGUGGGCUUUCCUGGCCUUCUGAUCGAAUCAUCAUACAAGUCCUCGAUGAUUCCACAGACCCCACAAUCAAGGACUUGGUGGAGCUAGAAUGCCAGAGAUGGGCAAGCAAAGGCAUAAACAUAAAGUACGAGAUAAGAGACAACCGCAAGGGAUACAAAGCAGGGGCUCUCAAGGAAGGCAUGAAGCACAGCUACGUGAAACAGUGCGAUUACGUUGCCAUCUUUGACGCCGAUUUCCAACCCGAGCCAGAUUUCCUCUGGCGCACCAUCCCUUUCCUCGUCCAAAACCCUCAACUCGCUCUGGUUCAGAGCCGCUGGAAAUUUGUGAACUCCGAUGAGUGCUUGAUGACAAGAAUGCAAGAGAUGUCAUUGGAUUACCAUUUCACUGUAGAGCAAGAAGUGGGGUCCUCCACCUAUGCCUUCUUUGGAUUUAAUGGGACAGCAGGUGUAUGGAGAAUUGCUGCACUCAAUGAGGCAGGAGGAUGGAAGGACCGGACCACGGUGGAAGAUAUGGAUCUGGCAGUGAGAGCUAGUCUCAAAGGGUGGAAAUUUUUGUACCUUGGAAGUGUCAAGGUGAAAAAUGAAUUGCCUAGUACUUUCAAAGCCUACCGCUAUCAACAACAUAGAUGGUCUUGUGGUCCGGCUAAUCUUUUCCGGAAAAUGGUUUUGGAGAUUAUAAGGAACAAGAAAGUAACUUUAUGGAAGAAGGUACAUGUGAUUUACAGCUUCUUCUUCGUUCGGAAGAUCAUAGCCCACAUCAACACAUUUGUCUUUUACUGCAUUGUAUUACCGGCAACUGUGGUGGUGCCGGAAGUUGCGGUUCCGAAGUGGGGGGCAGUUUAUAUUCCUUCCAUCAUCACCCUUCUCAAUGCUGUUGGAACUCCGAGGUCACUCCACCUGUUGGUUUUCUGGAUUCUCUUUGAGAAUGUCAUGUCCCUGCACCGAACAAAGGCUACCAUCAUCGGUCUACUAGAGGCUAGCCGAUCAAAUGAAUGGAUUGUCACAGAGAAACUAGGAGAUGCUCUCAAAGCUAAAGCAUCGACAAAAGCACCAAGAAGACCUCGGUUCAGGAUCGGAGAAAGACUCCAUUUGUUAGAGCUUGGAGUUGGAGCUUACUUAUUCUUUAUUGGCUGCUACGAUGUUUUCUUUGGGAAAAACCACUUCUACAUUUUCCUUUAUAUGCAAGCAACGGCCUUCUUCAUCAUGGGGUUUGGGUACGUUGGCACCUUUGUCCCCAGCUCUUAGAGGGGGGACUACAGAAAUGACAGUGAAAGUUCUUUCUGCUAUGUUGUUUCUCUGCGUGAUUUCUGCUUCAGCAACAUAAGAUUGCCAUCCAUGGCGACAAUUUCCUGCAAUAAUAGCUUGUAAAAAGAACAAAAUAUAUGGUCAAUUCUUUUAGGUUGCGCAUAAUAUUUUUGAGUUGGUGACUCAAAAAGGGUUAGUUAUCUUGUGUAUAGUAAAGCAAGUUAAGGAAACUACAGAACAAAUUGCUGUUAUGAGAAUGUGCAAUUUUAUACAGAGAAAAGGAGCAGCAGAAGGCAGCUUGUGGGAUACCCAAUAGAUAGUGUAGACAUCUUGGAAUGGAUUGUCUGUAAUCUUGAACUUUUGUAACUUUUGUUUUUGGCUUACUUUUGUUGGAUUUCUCUGAAGAGGGAAUAAACAGUUGGGAAAAAUAGGGUUAAUUUUA